UUCUGACUGAAGCUGACUUCUGUAGAAGCUGAAUGAGAAUCAGAAUGGAGCAAAAUCAGCGUAAAAGGUACUUUGCUUUUUAUUCAGCUGUUCCCUGGUGAUGCGAAUAUCAUCGUCUUCAUCAUCAUCAACAUCACCAUCAUACCAUCAUCAACAGCUCCUGUUGAUUAGUACCUUCUUAAGUCAUUGUAUAAUUUGUGAUUUAAUCUUGAUCGUUAUCAGCUUUUUGAAGAUACCUUAAUUGAAAGAGAAACAGUCUCCAUAUUUUUUAUUUACAGAUUGUUCUAAUGAUCAAAUAACUUGUUAAAAAUGCUGAAGCAACAAAAAAAACUGUGAUUUAAUUAAUUGUACAAGGUUUACUAGUCUAUUGGCUCUUCUUUUUUCUUACUUGUGCUCUGAAUUGUCCUUUUAUUAUCUUCCUUGUCUUAUCAUCAAGAUUUAUUUAUGCUCAACGGGCAAGCCAUAAAGCAAUAACAACAGAAUCGUCAAGAUUUCUCCAGUCCACCUGGUUAACUUAUGUGUCAUGUCGAAAGUUAACCAGCUAAAUCAAUCAUUUUGAUCAUCAAGUAAAUAUUGUAUCUUCUAUGUUCAAAGUACGUGUUAACAUGACAAUUUCAAGGAAAACCAAGAAGUAUCACCUAUGCUUUGUUUGAUUGCCCAGUUGCCUAUGCAUUUAUGCUGACUUUUUUAAUUUUAUCUCACAUCUGUUUAAAUUUAACCGAGUCUGGCCAGUCUUCAAAUAGUUUCACUCAAAAUAACAUAUUGAGGUAAACCAGUUAUGCUCACAAUUCAACCAAUUAUGAACUCUAUUGAUGCUACAAAUGGAAGUAAACAAUCUGAUGAUUUUCAAAGUGUUCAUUACAACAAUGACGAUGAUUUCGGUGAUUUCACUGAUUUCCAAAAUAAUAAGACCAUAGAUGACGAUUUUGGCGAGUUCACGUUCUUUCAAACUAGUACAAAUGAAGGGUACAAAUAUAAUAGUGAUAAUGGUGGACUAGAAACCGAACAACAAAUAGGACUUAAUAACGAUGACUUUGGAGAUUUUGCAUAUUUCCAGAGUGGCAGUUGUGAAAAUAAUAAAAGUAUGGACGACGAUGAUUUUGGAGAUUUUUCCGAUUUCAAAAGCAAUGAUGAACCAAAUCUAACAACAGACUGUAUAAAAGAAAAAGAUUUAAACCUUUCUGCCAAUAAUAAGAUUGAAAAUAAAUUGGAGCAUGAAGCUAUUAAAGUUGAAGAGGAUGACGAUUUUGGUGAUUUUGCCAAUUUCCAAGAAGCAAGCCCGGUGAUUGAUAAUGAAGAAACCUCUAGAUCAAUAAAGCAAACUGUUUUAUCCUCUGAUACGCUAGAAUUUUCACCUUCUAUGGAAGAUGAAUCAAGCUCAGUUAAUUAUUCAGCAUCGCAUUCACCUUUAUCAUCCAUUGUUUGUCAAUCUUUUGCCAAGGGUAUGCCAGAUGAAAGCAAUAAAGUUAUUCCAACAAAUUUUUUUGCUGAUAAAACAUCUCAAAGCUAUAAAAUGUGGCAAUCACUGAUCAAUUGGGAAGAAGCAGCUUCACUCAAAUUGAAUUGGGAAUCAUCUCACACAUUCCAAGUUUUUCUUCGAUCUCUUAAAAUUGACUCUCGAAAUAUUCAAAUGCCUGGUUUAAGGGACAUUUCAACUCCUCUUAUACCAUCCAAGCUUACGAUUCUCCAGCCAACGCCUUUAUUACCUUCGAUAAUACCAUUAGAGCCUCAAAUAUCUCAACAAAUGUCUCAGGAUCCAAUGAAUAGUCUAGAGAAGCAAGAACAAAGUGCCUCAACUAUUCCGGAAGCAAGUUUUGAUUGGAAUUCAAGUGGUUUAACAAAUCCUCUCGAAAAAGACUGGUUAAUCCUUCUUUAAUAAAAGACCUAGAUAAACAGACCAUAAGUGUUUUACGUGUAUAAACUGCUAAUUAAUCAUCUAAUGAAGUGAUCUGCAUUUAAAAUAUUUUCCUUACCCAAUUUUUUAACCAAAAGAAAUGUUAACUUUUCUGUGGAUGGAACUGGGUGUUGAUUAAUUAACAAUUGACAAUGCAUUUCUGAAGCUUGAAACAAACUUGACACAUUCCAUUGUAUCUCUUCCUUUUCUCUCAAAAUCUUUAACGUUUCUUUCAAAUCUGACUGAUCGUUUUAUGAAACGACUUUUCCUCCAA